AUGCUUGUCUCUGGAGUCUUAGCAACUGUGGCAUUCUUCUCGACUUUAAUGUUCUUGACGUAUUGCAAGAAUCAAUUGAUCUGCGGACCAUUCAAAAGAUAUUUACUUCUCUUCUUCGAGACUUUCAGCGAUUUGAAAGUCAUCAAGAAACUCGACUACCACUACAUCCCAGUUUAUAACCAAGUGAUCUCUUUCUACCCAGCCGUUGGGACGUUCAUGGAAUUGUUUGUCAAGCAAAUACCAAAGUUGGGACUGAAUACACCGGCGUUCUUGUUUGUGAUUGGGUUUGGGUUACUCACCAAGAAGUCUGCUGUAUUUACUCGAGCGGUUGUUGUCACUUUUGUGACAUUAAUAGUGUCGUUGAUGACUGCAGUCGAGUUUAUGCCAUUGACGCAUGAUGUUGUGGGAUGUGUUGUAUGCACCAUCCUCUUCACUAUUGGUGCACUGAUUAUCAUUCACACAUUAUUCUCGUUGGGACAUAUCCUUCUUGUCCCAUACUUAUUCGUUAAUUGCACAUCAAUUGUUAUUGCACUGUACAGAUACUUUGUUAAGGAAGUCUUUGCCCUUUCAACACCAGUCAUCAUCUUCACGAUAUGGUACACUUUGUUCUGGCAAAGAAAAAUCACUGUGGUUGGUGGGUUCUUGAUUUUCUUGGCUAUGAGUUCUUUGAUGACACUCAAGUGCGGAUACUUCUUGGCUAUCACAGUUAUCGUCGGGAGCUUUUACUGA